CUGCUGUCUCCGCACUGCUGGCCCUGUAUCCGUUGUGUGUCACAGGCAGCAUCACAGUAGCAGCAAUAGCAGCAGACAUUUGGCGAGGAAAAGAAAACACGGACUGCGGACGCACAUAUUGGACAUAUUAGGAGACGGAAACAGGAUUGUAUUUUAAAAUCUCCCCCCGUUUGGAUGCAGUGUUACUGAAGCUCAUCCCUGCCUCUACAUCCUUCUUGCCUAGUGUGGAUGUUUGACUGCAGAUUUGAUGGUGCUGAGCAGGCUCGUCUGAUUGAAGGCUUGUGGCCAGGCGGGUGGAGGGGGGGGAGAGAGAAUCUGUGGGGCCGCAGAGAGACAGAAAAACCCUCCGUGGCUCCGUCUUCUGCCCCGUGUGUCUGUGAAUGGACUGCGCUCCAUCCGUGAUUCUCCGCAGUCGCUUUGAGUCAUUUGUGGAAGAAGAUGGCGGACAGGGCUGAGAUGUUUUCCCUUUCCACUUUCCAUUCCCUCUCCCCCCCUGGAUGCAGGCCAUCCCACGACAUCAGCCUGGAGGAGUUUGACGAUGAAGAUCUCUCUGAAAUCACAGACGACUGUGGGAUUGGACUCAACUACGACUCUGAUCCAUAUGAGAAGGACUCCCUUAUUCUGGGGAAGAGUGACAUGCACCACCAAGUCUGUUCCUUCCAGGAUGACUUCCAAGAGUUUGAGAUGAUUGACGAUGAAGAUGACGACGAGGAAGAUGAUGAGGAUGAAGAGGUCGACCCCGACGCUCCUCCGUCCCCCUCUGCAUCCCCUCCGCCCUCCCCAUGUCUUGGCACUCUAAAGAGCAGACCCACCACCUUGAACCUCACCACUGCUGUGUCGCAGGAUUCACUGAACAAUAACAGCAGUCUGUCUCCAAAGAAAGGAAGCUGGCAGGACUCUUUACAUAACCCAGCAUCACAGGGCCGUCUGUCUCCAACCCACUCAUGUCUAGAGGAUGGUAACCAUGUGACAGGCCAGUGCCCAGCCUCUCCAGUUUCCCAGGCACCAGGGUCUCAGAGCAAAGGUACUCUACUCAAACUGGCUGGGGAGGGCGGGAACCCCCAGUCCCCUCACAGGCCCCUUUUAUGCGACAUGGAGGGCAACAGGAGGGAGAGGCCCGAAUACGGUUCAUUUGGCCAACACAAGUCCCACCCUUGCUCUGGCAAUGUCACCGAUUCAAAUGCCGACCCUUCAAUCAAGACAGCGAGGGUACCUUCUGUCGACGAACACUCCCAGUGUUCAGACACAGAGGUGGACCACGACCUCAACAGCCACCACAACCACAAACACUCAAACCAGCUUGCCACUGACACCUACACAAUCACCAGUGAGUCGGGCAUGGAGCCGGAGACCGACCUAGACCUAGACGGAACCAGUCGCUGCUUGUCAUCCACUGCACCCAUUGGAGGCAAUGACGAUGGUGCUGAUACGCCCUUGUCUGAUGAGGAGCUGGAGAAGGACUUUGAAGUGGAGUUCAUGUGCAAGGAGACGUACGAUAUAGUUUGCAAGGAGAAUCAUUCAUCGUAUGUGGAGUUCCCGUCCAUUGAGCCCUCUGAGUCCGCCUCCUUCUCGAGCUAUGUGUCCUCCAGCCGCUCAGACGCUCUUGACAAAUCGCGCAUGAUUCAUGCUUCUGCACCUUCUGCCAUGGACGCAGCAUCCAAUGACUCCACCUCUCCGUCCUCAGACCCGGGGAUAGCCGAUAUGAACCAGCAGGGUUAUAUGACUUCUGACCAGGACAAGGACCUCAGCUCUCCAGGAUCGGACUCCGACAUCGAAGGGGAGAUAGAGGCAGCGUUUGCCCUCGGAGGUCCGGUGGUCUCAAACAUGAUCUCCUCCAUUUCAGAGACGGAGCUGGACCUGACAAGUGACGACAGUAGCAGUGGACGCUCGUCUCACCUCACCAACUCCAUCGAGGAGGCCAGCUCGCCCACAUCUGACCAGGAACUGGAUCCGGAUACUGAGUUAGAACAGGACAGUGGUAUUGUUGGACUGAAAGCAUCCCUACUCCUUGGCCAGCCUGACCCAAUCAAAGAAUUGUCUCCCUUAGCCUCUCCUUCCCCUUUACCCUCACCCACUAUUGCUACGCCGUCUCCUAUUGAUUCACCAAUUCUUCCUCCUGAUUCAUACGAUGAUGUUCAAGCUCUGAUGGGGCUGCAGAGUGUGGACGAAGACCUGUCUUAUGAGCACCAGGCUGACCCAGAUGAGACUCUUCCUCCGGCUCAGCAAUGUGAAGACAGCCUGUCCAGACAGAUGGUGCUGCAGAUAGAACCAGACCACAGUCUAGAGAGCUUCAAACGCUCCUUCUACUUACCAGUGGGACCCAGGCUCAUGCCCGGUGCAGAUGACUAUGAUGGAACAAGCGAAGGAGAAUCCGAUUCAGAAAGCGAAGACGACCUGAGCGAGAACUCGGACUCGCCCUGGCUGCUUAGCAACCUGGUCAACAGGAUGAUUUCAGAGGGCUCGUACCCAAUCAGCUGUCCUGAGGAUUGCUUCAAGAGAAAGGUGUCUGUGUCAGACACCAUAUCACCGUCUUCAGACAUUGGAGAAGGCGAUGGUUUUACUGAGGAUGACCAAGGGAAGAAAAUAGGACUUGGGGAAUCGGAGGCGGAGGGGAAGGAGAGUGAAGGUUACAGAAAGGAUAGCAAGGGACCAGGAGAGAGGAGGAGUGUGGAGUCUUUAAAAGGAGGAAAGAUGAACCCCUCUCUUUAUAUGAGUAAUCCAACUGGGGACACCGUAAGCCCUCUAAUCUUGGAGCACUGUGCAAACAACAGUAGGGAAACCACAGAUUUAUACUCCCCGCAUGCCAGUAAAAAUUACACAGACAAGAAAUCUAAGAACAAAGAAAGACAGGAGAAAGACGAAGAGCCCAACAAUGACUUGAUGAUGCUCAAAGGGAGGAAGGAUCUGGAAUCACCGAGCCUCACCGAGAGUGUGGUCAGUGACAAAGAUGAAGGACGAGAGACCGAGCCCAGGCCGACUAGCCGUUCCUCUGCCUCUCUUGAACGUAUCACAGAGGUCAAAAACAGCCUGACACUGGACAUACCCACAGCUCAAACUAACCCCGGCUUCAGCCUCCCCUACUCCACAGAUAACGAUGAAGAGGAGGAGGAAGAUGCGGACUCCUACCCAUUCCUGGAUGGCUUGAGGAACCAGUCCUACAGGGGUAGUGAUUUAGAGCUUGACAGUUCACCCCCCAUUGAUUCCAGUGUCCAAGACCGUCCAUUGUCAGACAAUGACCUUCCACUGUGUGACAAAGCUCUGAGACAGCCCAGUGAAGACGAUGGACUGGCCUAUGACUCAAUGAAGUACACACUAGUGGUGGAUGAGAAUACGACGCUUGAACUAGUCAGCCUCAGAAGGUGCACCUCUGUUCUUAGCGACGACAGCGAGCUCUCCACGCUAUGUGACGAGGAGCCUUUGGGAACCAGAGAAAUGGGUUAUGGUCAUGAUGAUGAGGAAUUGAGACCAGAACUUCUCAGUUCUUCUGAGGAUUCCUCUCCUGAGGCGGACCUUCCAUUCUCCAAGAAGUUUCUCAAUGUGUUUGUCAACAGCACCUCCCGCUCCUCCAGCACAGAAUCAUUUGGACUUUUCUCUUGUACCAUAAACGGAGAGGAGAGGGACCAGACACACAGGGCAGUUUACAGGUUUAUUCCCAGACAUGCAGAUGAGCUGGAGCUCGACGUGGACGACCCUUUAUACGUGGAGGAAGAAGAGGACGAUUACUGGUACCGAGGUUAUAACAUGCGGACGGGGGAGAGGGGAAUCUUUCCUGCCUUCUAUGCUAACGAGGUCAUAGGCCAGUCUAAAGAGUUGUUGGGAAUGAAAAGAAAUCCAGCUUGGAUCGAGACCGUCAGCGUUCAGUUUUUGGGGUCUGUUGAGGUACCUUAUCACCAAGGCAAUGGGAUUCUCUGUGCUGCAAUGCAGAAGAUUGCGAUAUCUAGGAAACGGACGGUACAUGUGCGGCCUCCGUCCCUGUGCGAGUUAGAGAUUAGCUUGCAAGGAGUGAAACUUAUCAUGAGCCUGGAGGAUGAAUAUGACACUCUUGAUGAGUAUGACAGAUGUAGUCACUUCUUCCAGAUGAAAAACAUUUCAUUUUGCGGAUGUCAUCCGAGGAACAACUGCUACUUUGGUUUCAUCACAAAGCACCCGAUGCUGAACAGAUUUGCUUGCCAUGUGUUUGUAUCCCAGGAGUCCAUGCGACCUGUAGCAGAGUGUGUUGGCCGGGCCUUCCAGGAGUACUACCAGGAGCAUCUGGAGUACGCCUGCCCCACCGAGGACAUCUACCUGGAGUAAGAAGUGUUGCCAUGACGACCUGCUUCCUUCUCCACAGCUUUUGUGUAUGGUCAUUGAGUUUGCCACCAGAGGGUGCUGUCAGUGGGGGGGGGGGGGGGGGGGGGGGGGUCUUCUUCCCUCAUUGUAAAACACUCCUCUGAACUUGGGAUUUUAAUUUCUACAGUACCGCUUGGCAUUUGACUGAUUUCAUUCACUCACUCAUCUCUCUUUGUCUUUGUUUAUUUCCAUCAUCUUGAUGGAUCGAUUGCCUGUUUUCUUUUAUCUUUUUCUAUGAUAUGAAAAAACCAAGACGCUGAGCACCUGUUUAUUUAAAAGGGUUCCCUCUUUUGAAAUGAAAAAACAAAAUAUACCUACUACUGCUGUUACACUUUUCAAUGCAUGGCUGGUAGGAUAACUGCACACAGAGACACAGGGACUUUACACAUAUCCUAGAGAAUGGCAAAGCAGCUCAACAAUCAGCGAGGGGGAAUUGUGUGGUGAUCAAGCGUUUCAUUUUACUGUAAAUAUGUAUUUGUUCAAUAUCAACAAACUGCUCUUUUGAUUUCUACGAGAUAGUGACAUUUGGAGCAAAGUAGAGAGAGUGCAGUGAACCGUCCUUGGUCCGAGCUUACCCAUGUGUUGCUUUAGUGUGUGUUGUAAAUACAUGUAUAGAGAGUAGACAUACAGGCGCCUCAUCCAGACUAAUUAACAAACACACAGCUGAGACAGUAAAGGUUUUUUGUUUUGUUGGGAGUAAAAAGCAGGUGUAAGAGAUUAAAGAGGUGUAAUGACUUGGCAUGACCUUUGAAUGUUCUUAGCCCUGCAGAUAUUUGUAUUCAGCUUGGAUUCAACGCAGCUACUGUCAGCACAUUUGGAUGAAAUGACACAAAUGUUUUACUUUUUAUUAUUCAGACUUCAAAAUCUCACUGCUUGGCCGACCUUCACGGUUUUCGGAGCUUUUCAUCGGAUAAUCAUUCAACUGUAACAAAUGCAAAACCAUAAAUCACUGUAUUGCUUUGCUAUGACUGAUGUGACUUUCAGGUAAAAGAACGAAUAGGCCCUCUGAAAAGCCAUAUUUCUCAACACGUCCGACUGUUUAACCCUGGUUUUCAGUGACAUCCUGGUCUCUGUUCCCUUUUUGACGUGGCAGUGUAUAAACGACAGACAAGUCUAAGUGGUAGUCAAUAAGAGCAUCCGUCUUUUACUUGGUCCCGGUAUCACAGUAAACCUUUUAUAAAGCAUUACAUGGGAGGUUUUAUAGAUCUGUAAAUGGCUAGACUUUUUGUUGUGAUUGAUCAAAGGGAUGGCAACAUGUUCCUACUUUUUAUUUAUUGAUUUCAGUCAUGUCAAAGGUUAAAGCAUCAUUCCAACAUUACACAAUAACCUUCUUUAGGGGGUUAUUGUAGCAUAUGAUCGGCUUACAUUAACGUACCUUGUUCAUUCAAAAUGAUGCAUUCACAAAAAGCCAUCUGCAAUAUUCCUUUAGUAUAGUUUUGCAGUGUUUAUGGCCGCCUUCAGUCACAGUCCACCAGAAGAAACACCUCAGAUCUACAGGUUUUCAGUGUCACUGUAAGUUGCUAUUUGCAGGUGGUUAGUAACGGGGGGUUAUUUACAUAUGUAUUGCCGUCGGUUAGAUCAUGUAUAUACAAUAGCAAAUCUACAAUAGUGCUGUGUCCUUUAUGUUGAGUAUGUUAUGAAAAGAAUAUGUACAUUUAAAAGAAUUUAAAAAAGAUUACAACCAGACAACAACCCCUGAUGGAAAAGAAAAAAAACAACACAAUUAUCUGUGAUCUACAAUGAUUUCUUUUUUUAAGUGUCUUCCGUUUCCACACAGGAUGUUAUGUAAGUAACUGUCACACACGUGGCAUUUAGGGUUUCUGCCAAUUCCAUAACUCUCCACACACACAGGCUUCAGCAGCACAUUUAGGGCACAUUUGUGAGCUGUGACAUCAUCAGUGUGUGACACACCCCACCAGACAACCGACCGAUCUGCUCUUAGGGCUGAGUAGUGACCCGAGUCAGCGGCCACUUGAAAAGCUAUUAUUGCAACCUGCUGAUUAUAGUACUCACCAUUGAGCAGCGUGACCUGUCUCUGAUCUGUAUCUAUCUGCUUCUGAUUCUUUUUUUUGGGUUUUUCUAUCUCGUUACAGCCUAGUUCAGAAUUCUUCCUCUCCACACAGCUACACAAAAACAAACCUCUGAGGAUGAGCUAGUCCCGUAUAGCCGCUGAGACAUUUAACAUUAACAGUUAAAGCAAACUUUCAACUUUAUUACAUUAACGAGAUUCUUCACUGUAUACCUAGAGCAAAAACAGUAUGUGACAGAACAAACAUAUCCUAUCUUGUAUCUUUAAAAACAAGGACUUGUAAAAUUCCAGGGAAAAAACAGACAAAAAAAAAAAGACAAAAAAAUCACUCUGCCUUGUCAUGGGUUUGGUCUUAUGAAUAAAAUAUAUGCUUGAUGUCCAAAA